GAAUAGUACUACGGUGGGUGACCAUAGGGGAACUCUCUCACUGUAGUACUACUCGGCUUGUCUGCCAUUGGCCAACAAUGUUACCAUACAUUCUUAGUCAGCGAGGGAUACGUUACGGGGAAUUAGAUGGUUGGUUUAUGUUUUGCGCCCCCGGCAAUCCCUCCCUUCGUACACCUCCGUAAUUCAUCAUUUAAUCCAGAUGAGCUCAUUUGGACUGCCCUACACUCUGGAGAUACUUUGAUAGCUUUACAGACUCUCCUUUCCUCUUACGAAGACGGACAUCGACAACCAUCGUGUGAAGCACUUUAUAAGACUUUCUUACAGAUGAUCCUGCAAGUAAAAGAAGUCUGGAUUGUUCUCGAUGCUCUUGAUGAAUGCAACGCGAGGACAGGGUCGCCAAGCGAAGGAUUGCUCUCGUGGAUGAAAGAUUUCCAAAGCUCCUACCGAAAGAAUGUCCAUCUCCUUGUGACAAGCCGCCAAGAACGAGACAUCGAGUCUAUAAUCAGCAAAUUUGCUCGUAUGGACGACAUAAUUCCUAUUCAGAGUGACCUUAUCACUGAUGAUAUCCGGGCCUACGUGCGCAGGAGAGUGACAAAGGGUGAUGGUCUUAAAAGAUGGUACUCGGAACCAGACAUCCAGAAAAAUACGCCCGAGGGUCAUAAAUGGACCCAAGGGGUGCGCAGCGUAGGGAGCAGAACCUCCCAAGUUUUAACAGCAUACCCAGCCACAGUUUGCUGAUGAAGUCCUGAUCCUCUACGGCCAAUCACACGCGCUUAUUAGUACUGGUUUCACCGAUAGCUAAACCACAUAA